AUGUCUACUUCGUCAUCAACUAAUCGUCGUCAUAUAUCUGUAUGUUCUGUAUGUGGUGAUAAAGCAAGUGGAAAACAUUAUGGAGUGAUGAGUUGUGAUGGUUGUCGAGGAUUUUUUAAGCGAAGUGUUCGACGUAAAAUAGAAUAUAAAUGUAAAGGUGAUUCAACUUGUCAAGUCGAUGUUAAUCGACGAAAUCAAUGUCAAGCAUGUCGAUUUCAACGUUGUCUAGCAAUGAAAAUGAAACCUAGUGGUGAGAAUUAUUGA